AUGAGCGCAGAAGCUUCUUCCUCUGGGAUAAGCAAGAAAAGCAAGAAAUCGAAGAGUAAAGCUGUCGAGGCUGUUGUCGAAGGGGAAACUCAAGAAGUAGAGAAGAACAAAAGGCAUAGGAAAGACAAGCCAUGGGAUACAGAUGACAUCGAUCAUUGGAGUAUACCGACUUUUACAGCACCUAAUACAGAUGAACACCGACCUUUCUUAGAAGAAUCUUCAUUCGCUUUACUAUUUCCUAAAUAUAGAGAACCAUAUUUAAGAUCAAUCUGGUCAAGUAUAACUUCCGAAUUAGAUAAACAAGGUUUAGCAUGUGAAUUGGAUUUAGUUCAAGGUCAAAUGACAGUCAAGACCACUAGGAAAACAUGGGAUCCUUAUGUCGUUUUAAAAGGUAGAGAUCUGUUGAAAUUGUUAGCUAGAGGUGUUAAUGCUCCUCAGGCAAUCAAGAUCCUGCAAGAUGGAAUAGCUUGUGACGUGAUUAAGAUAGGUGGAUUAGUCAGGAAUAAAGAAAGGUUCGUCAAGAGAAGACAAAGAUUAGUUGGUCCCAAUGGAAGCACUUUGAAGGCAAUCGAGUUGUUGACAGAAUGCUACGUACUCGUUCAAGGAAAUACAGUAUCGGCUAUGGGUACUUAUAAAGGAUUGAAAGAAGUCAGAAGAAUAAUUAUAGAUUGUAUGAAUAACGUUCAUCCGAUUUAUAGAAUAAAAGAAUUGAUGAUAAGGAGAGAAUUGGCUAAAGAUCCAAAAUUACAAGGUGAAAGUUGGGAUAGAUUUUUACCUCAAUUCCAAAAGAAACAUCUUUCAACAUCGGAGAAAACGGCCAAGAAGAAUGCUGUUUUAGACCGACAAUCAGUCAUCGAUUCUACAAUCAACCCAAAUUCCAUCCCCGUCACUUCCACUUCAACCUCCACGACUUCUGCCACAGCCGCACCACCAGCAGUAGUCAAGAGAACACCUUUCCCCACUGCAAGCAAGAAAAAGGCAUACACACCUUUCCCACCUGCCCAACAACCUUCCAAAUUGGAUUUACAAUUGGCUUCGGGAGAAUACUUCUUAAAACCUCGUGAGAAAGAAGCUAUGGAAAAGAGGAAAAAGGCUGAAAAGCAAAAUGAAACUUCUAUCAAAAGGAGAGAAGAGAGAGAAGAAGCUUUCAUCGCUCCCGCAGAGAAGAGAGAGGAAAGCGUGGAAGAGAGAAGGAAGAAGAGAAAGAGAGCAACUGCUGAGGAACUUAUGUAA